AUGUCAAACCGGCAGAGUCGCGGCCGGACCGAUCAGGGAGACGUCGGGAAGGGCAAGUCACAGCGUCGCCAGUCGCCGGAUUCGGAAUACUCUACGCAAUGGGACGCCAUAGCAUGCGUCUUGGCGCAAGUCCACGACCGAAAGACUGUCGAAGAAAGCUUUGAGUCUACCUAUCGACGCAUCUACAAAGUUGUGCUCAUCCGCAGAGAGGACAAGCUCUUUACCGACACGAUCAAAUGGCACGAGGAACGACUCCAGGUCAUCUGGUCCAAGCAGAAGGGCAGACUUAUAGGAGCAGGUGGUUUAGACUCGGGAUCGCAAGUCAGAUUCUUGCAAGGGUUUUUGGACGUUUGGAUGAGUUACUGGGAAGCAAUCAGUGUGUUACCCGAUCUGCUUUCAUAUCUGGAACGCGUGACGAAACGCAGCCUUCUAAACGAGUGUAUGAAUAUCUUUCUGGCUUCCAUUACAGCCUCCGGUUCAUCAUCGGGAUCCGUAAUAGACUCAAUCGCUUUUCUCACUUAUUCGCACGUGUACGUCCGACCACUUCAAUCUGACGAUCCUACCAUCAGGGUUCAUGAUCUUGCCGGUUCUUGUUAUCGAGUCAUAGACGGUCUCUGCGAAGUCGGAGGAAAAGAUAGCCGACCAAAAUUCAUAGACCUCAUCGAAAAGAACUACCUCGAAAGGCUCCGCGGCUACUACCAGACAUCAGCAGAAGUCCUCGCAUCGCAAACCUCAGUUGUCGAUUUCUGCUCUACAAUCCGACGUUGGCUUUUGGAAGAAGAGUGUCGCUGUCAUGUUAUCCUCCCCCGGCACAUGGAUGAGGAUUUGCAAAAGCUCGUUGUUGCUGUCGCACUUGAGCCGCAUCUUGAUCGGAUAAUUCGCAGAGAUACUCAGUCAGUAUUCAAGUUGCUUGAUGAUGGCACUACCGGAGACCUUGGAAUCGUAUACCAGACGACCAAAUUGGCGAUGGAGGGUCCGAAAAUUUUGCUCAAAGUCAUGGAAGAAUGGCUGUCGGCUGCUACAGGAGUACUACUCGGCUCGAGUGCAACCGCAGAAAGCAAACUUUUGGAUUUGAUUCGACUGGAUAUAAAGGUUUAUAAUCUCCAUGGCCAGGCUCUGAUAUCGGAUCCAGAUAUGGAAAAGAUUAUCAUCACGAUCUUGGUCAGUCAAAUUAAGGGAUCGCUCAGCAGCAGCGAGGGAAUCGAAGCGUGGCGGAAUUUCGAAGCAGGGAAGCUUGGUUCUGCGAACGAGCCAGUCAUUGUAGACAGGAUUCGAUUCUACGGCUCCAUGAUAAUGAGGGAGCCGGAAGGGGAGAGAGAAAACUAA